AUGGGCCAGCCAGAGCCUCUCGCCGGCCUGGAAAGCGGCGUCAUCUCCGGCCGUACCUCGUCAGACCUCAGCCAGUUCCCCGACAAGGCCGAGCUCGAACGCCUCGGUCGAGCCCGCCCAGCCGUCCUCAAGUCCUGGAUCACAGAGGUCGGCUUCAUCAUCACCGUCGUCAUGUCCAUGACCAUGAGCGAGUACUUCAUCGGCGGCUUCAACAUCAUCCUGCCUCCCGUGGCAGACGCCCUCAACAUCCCCGAGAACACUCGUACCUGGCCGGCCGGCGUCAUCAACCUGACCACCGCCGCUUUCCUGAUGCCCUUCUCCCGCCUGUGCGACAUCUACGGUGCCCGCUCCGUCUUCCUGUUCGGCCACAUCUGGUUCAUGAUCUGGUCGCUCGUCUGUGGCUUCAGCACAAACACCAUCAUGCUCAUCAUCUGCCGAGCUCUUCAAGGCAUCGGCACUUCGGCCUUUACGCCUGCGGGCCUGGCUCUCCUGGGACAGACAUACCGACCUGGCCCCCGCAAGAACCUGGUGUUUGCCAUCUGGGGUGCCUUUGCCUGUCUGGGAUUCUACUUUGGCAUCUUCUUGGGAGCUGUGUGUGCCGACUUCAUGACCUGGCGGUGGUACUUUUGGAUCGGUGCCAUCAUCGUCUUCUGCAUUGCCGUCACCGGAUUCCUGACCAUUCCACGAAACCUCCACGAGCAGGAUGAGUCUAUUCGCAUGGACUGGUGGGGGCUCUGCACCAUUGUGCCCGGCUUGAUUCUGGUUGUCUUUGCCUUUACAGAUGGAGGCCAUGCCCCGCACGGUUGGCAGACCCCUUACAUCUAUGUGACUUUUAUCAUUGGCAUGCUCUUCCUCAUUGCCGGUGUCUAUACGCAGGGCUGGGUCUCUGCUCAGCCGCUUCUCCCGGCCGACUUGUUCCGUCCCAAGUACAUGAAGCGGCUGUCUCUGGCUCUGUUUUGCCUGUACGGUGUAUUUGGCUUGUACCUAUUUUACUCAAGCUACUACAUCGAGACUGUGCUCGACACCACUCCCAUCCUCACUGCCGCCUGGUUCACCCCCCUAGCCAUUGGCGGCGUCUGCCUCGCCGUCUGCGGCGGCUUCGUCAUGCACAUGAUUUCUAACCGCAUCCUCAUGAUGAUUUCCAGCGUCGGCUUCCUCAUCUCCGUCCUCCUCUUCGCCAUCAUCCCCGACCGCGUCAACGGCCACCCUUCCACCAGCUUCCUCUACUGGGCGUACAUCUUCCCCGCCAUGGUAUGCGGCACCAUCGGCGUGGACAUCACUUACAACGUCACCAACGUCUUCAUCACCACGUCCAUGCCUCGGCGUCUCCAGGCCACUGCCGGAGGUCUUAUCAACACCCUCUUGUAUCUUGGCAUGGCGUUUUGGCUGGGUAUUGCCGAGAUGGCCAUCUCCGAGGCCAACAGGCGAAAACUGCCGGAGGGGCUCAGCCUACGGCAACAGUACAAGAUUGGCUUCUGGAUCGGUGUUGCCAUGACCGGCUUGUCAUUGAUUUUGGUGUUGACCAUCAAGAUUGGCCAAGCAGCAUCGGAAUUGACGGCUGAUGAGAAGGCUGCUCAGGCAGAGCGCGAAGCAGUAGCCAACUAA